GUGAGCGUCCGUGGGAACAGCUUCACAUCCACUCCUCAUCUGAUUUCACCCUCCUCUAUUUGGGAUAAUUGGAAUCAACUCGGAUUUUUUUACUUUUCUUUGCCCUCACUUUGUUUUUGCUUCUGCUGGAUGAAAUGGAAAUUACGCACUCGUCCUCCUCUGCGCUCAUUCAUCCGCGCUGACAAGUCGUGUAGGAAGGAGACGAUGAUCCAGGCUGCUGAUGUGGAGAGUUAACACCAAGGAGGUUUAGUGUUUUCCUGUUUCUCCUGCUGCUGCUCUUCGUCUCUUCACCUCCACCUCCUCCUGACCUGAGGGUCCCACCAGAUUCCCUCAGGUGUUGGUGGAACAUCUCACAGCAGGGAUGACUGUCAAACUGGACUUUGAGGAGUGUUUGAAAGACUCACCUCGAUUCAGAGCUGAGAUUGAAGUCGUCCAAACUGACGUCAGCGAACUCGAGACGCGGUUAGAAAAGCUCGUGAAACAAUGCCAGGCCAUGCUGGAGGCCGGCAGGGUCUACUGCCAGACCAGCAAGAGCUUCGUCAACGGCCUCCGAGAGCUGGGACACCAGUGCUCCGGGGACAAGACCAUGGAGGAGUGUUUGGACAAGAUUUCCAAAAAGCUGUCGGUUAUCUUGGAGGCGCAGGGGGAAGUGAUCGAGACCACACAGAAGUCUGUCAAGACCAAGCUGCAGAACUUUGUCAAAGAAGAUGUCCGUCGGUUCAAGGAAGUGCGUAAGGAGUUUGAGCGCAGCAGCGAAACCCUGGAGGGGGCGCUGGUGAGAAACGGUCAGGCACCAAAGGGGAAGAUACACGAAGUGGAGGAGUCGAGCAAAGCUCUGCUCGAUGCACGCAGGACCUUUCGGUCGGAGGCCUUGGACUACGUCCUGGAGAUCAAUGUCAUCGAGGCCAAGAAGAAGACCGACAUUCUCAUGGCAAUGUUGUCCCUGAUGGAGUCUCAGGCCCAGUUCUUCCAACAAGGCCACGAGUCGCUGUCCGAACUGGACACGUAUCGACAGAGGCUGAAUGAUGAGCACACCCAGUUUGUCCUGAGCGCAGCCAGAGACAAGAGGGACAUGGAGCAGAGACACUCUGCCAUCAAGAAGAAGGACAUCACCUACGAUGACUCCAUCAUGGAUUUCAAUGCAGACGCACCUAAUGGGAUUGCCAUGGAAGGAUACCUCUAUAAGAGAGCCAGCAAUGCCUUCAAGACCUGGAGCAGACGCUGGUUCUCAAUUCAAAAGAAUCAGCUGGUUUAUCAGAAGAAGUUCAAGGAGCAGCCCACGGUUGUGGUGGAGGACUUGCGUCUCUGCACCGUGAAGCACAGCGCGGAAAACGAGCGGCGCUUCUGCUUUGAGGUGGUCUCCCCGUCCAAGUGUUGUCUGUUGCAGGCCGAUUCGGAGAGGCAGCAGCUAGCGUGGAUCAGUGCCGUCCAAAACAGCAUCGCCUCGGCCUUUCAGGAGUGCAGAGAGGACUCACACAGCCCAAGACAGCGCUGCAGCUCGGUGUCUGCGGGCAACUUGUUAGGGGGGGGAGGAGGAGGAGGGGGAGGAGGAGGCGAGGAGAACGGGGGCCUCAAGGCGCUGGAGGAGGUGCAGGCGAUCCCGGGGAACCAGCAGUGCUGCGACUGCGGAGAGCCCGGUCCCGACUGGGCCUCCAUCAACCUGGGCAUCACGCUCUGCAUCGUCUGCUCGGGAAUACACAGGAGCCUGGGAGUCCAUUUCUCCAAAGUGCGCUCGCUCACUCUGGACUCCUGGGAGCCAGAGCUCGUUAAGUUGAUGUGUGAAUUAGGAAACACAGUCAUUAACAGGAUCUACGAGGCGCGCAUCGACGAGAUCACCAUCAAGAAGCCACAUCCCAGCAGUCCCAGACCAGACAAGGAGACGUGGAUUCGAUCGAAAUAUGUUGAGAAGAAGUUCAUCAAAAAGCUGCCGGAGACCGGACGCAACCCCCCGCAGAGGCGCUCCAGCGGCAAGAAGAGCCGGACCCCCACGCAGGAGCGCCCCCUGGAGCGGCCGCCGCUCAAACCCAAACCCAACCGGGCCACGCUGCCAAGGGUCACAGGGCUGACCCCUAGUGACCUCGUCCAAAAGAAUAAUACAAGCCCUCACAAAAACGUGGAGGAAGAAGAGGAGGACCUGAGCGGACUCCACCCCGGGGCACUGCUGUACCGCUCCGCCGCCCUGCAGAACUUCCCCGUCAUGGCCGACGCUCUGGCUCACGGCGCCGACGUCAACUGGGUCAACGCGGCCGAGGAGUCCAGCACGCCGCUGAUCCAGGCCGUCUCCGCGAACGCCCUGGCUGCCUGUGAGUUCCUGCUGCAGAACGGUGCCAACGUGAACCAGGCCGACAGCAGCGGGAGAGGACCGCUGCACCACGGCACCAUCCUGGGCCACACUGGGUUGGUUUGUCUCUUCUUGAAGCGAGGAGCCGACUACAACGCCAAAGACAAGAACCAGAAAGACCCCAUAACCAUCGCCGUGGACAACGCCAACGCCGACAUCGUCACGUUGCUGCGGAUCGCCAAGAUGAACAAGGAGAUGCGGGAGAUGGACGGAGCGUUCGGCCAACCAGGUGAUGAAACGUACACGGACAUCUUCAGGGACUUUUCUCACAUGGCCUCCAACAACCCAGAGAAGCUCAAGCGCCGCAGCGCCGACCCCAAGUUCUAACCAGCUGCUGCCUCAAGCUCCCGUGUGCAACAGACACACGUACAGACAAACCUGCUUUACUCAAAAAACACACACAAACACACACACACACACACAGACACACACUCGCUUCCCCUGGCAGCGUUCCACACGCUCCGUCAUAGCUCAGCUGGUGUUGACUUCAGAGCGGCACAUCCUCACAACAGAGAAUUCUUUGUGCGAGCACGUCAGAGCAGAACAAUCGCGUUGGAGUGGAAGCGGCGGAGCAGCUUUGUGAGACGGCGUGAGGCGUCUUCAUGUCCAGCAGAGGGAAACGCCACCGCUCUGCCAAGAGCUCCUAAUUAAAUCCAGUAAAUCUGUUUUUUUUUUCUUUGGUUUAAACCAAAACCAUCUGAUUUGUGUUCCUCGUCCGUCCUUCGAAUUUUUACAUGAGAAGUAUGUUUGUUGGAAAUGGACUCAAAGGGUGAAUUCUUUUUUAUCAGCCAUUGAAUAAUAAUGUAUGCAGAUUUUUACAUUUGAACGAUUUUCAGACACCGUUCAUGUCUGUUUUGUGCAAAACCACGUGAGGUACUUGAGAUUUGUAUCGUCAAAUAAAGUGAAUCUUACUUUUAA